GAGAAGGAGAAGAAGUAUAUGUUACCGGUGGAUAACCUGAAACUCCGAGAUGUUGAGAAGGGGUUCAUGUCCAGCAAGCACAUCUUUGCUCUCUUCAAUACUGAACAGAGGAAUGUUUACAAGGACUACCGGCAGCUGGAGCUGGCCUGUGAGACCCAGGAGGAGGUGGAUAGCUGGAAGGCUUCCUUCCUGCGUGCAGGAGUCUACCCAGAGCGUGUUGGGGACAAGGACAAAGCCAGUGAGGCGGAGGAGAAUGGAUCAGACAGUUUCAUGCACUCCAUGGACCCUCAGCUGGAGAGACAAGUGGAAACGAUCAGGAACCUGGUGGAUUCCUACAUGGCAAUUGUCAACAAAACCAUCAGAGACCUCAUGCCGAAGACAAUCAUGCACCUCAUGAUAAACAAUACCAAGGACUUUAUCCAUUCGGAGUUGCUGGCAAACCUGUACUCCUGUGGUGACCAAAAUACGCUGAUGGAGGAAUCAGCAGAGCAGGCCCAGCGACGUGACGAAAUGCUGCGCAUGUACCACGCCCUGAAAGAGGCCCUCAACAUCAUUGGGGACAUCAACACCAGCACUAUCAGCACCCCUAUGCCCCCACCGGUGGACGACUCUUGGCUGCAGGUGCAGAGCGUACCAUCUGGACGCAGGUCUCCUACGUCCAGCCCCACGCCACAGAGGAGAGCUCCCGCUGUUCCACCCGCCAGACCUGGGUCUCGAGGUCCAGCUCCUGGACCACCUCCUGCUGGUGGGUCCACGCUGGGUGGUGCCCCCCCUGUGCCCUCCAGGCCAGGUGCCUCUCCUGAUCCCUUUGGGCCCCCACCUCAGGUUCCUUCUCGGCCUAAUCGUGCUCCUCCUGGUGUUCCCAGAAUCACUAUCAGUGACCCCUGAGGACUGGCAGCCACGCAGAAGGGGCCCCGCCUCACCUACUCGACCUACCAUAAUCCGACCGGCUGAACCGUCCCUCUUAGAUUUAUAACUCGAGGCUGUAGACAGCUGGCGACGAAUGCCGUGCUGGCGGCUUCCCCAUUCCACCCUCCCUUCCACAGCCACAGUCACUCCUCUCAUCCAUCCCACAUCUCUGCCUCCCACCACCCCUUCCUGGUGUGUCGUAAAACACUAGCCUAGUGAUCGAGCUCUUCGUCUUCACUCGUGCGUCCUGUAUUGCUUUGUAAGCUUAGAGUAGCCUUCAUUCAGUGGCAUGGAUCCCUGAAGUACACAGGCUCCUUGGAGAGAUCAGCUGCAGGGACAUCCUUAAGUCCAAGUGGUGGCUGUCCAUCCAGGAACUUCAUCUGCCUGGUCUAGCCUGGAUAAGUGUCCUGCCUGCAUCAGUUAGCUGUAGCACCUGGGGCUGAUCUGUAGCUAUUUUCUUUUCUUGUAGUU